AUGAGAAGAAUCUUGUUUGCAAUUCUUACAGCAACUAGCGUAGCAAUAGCUUAUCUUGUCUAUUCUUACAACCGAUAGAUUAGGGAAUAACUUUGUGCUUGUGGUGUAAACCAUGAUAAUUGUUUAGUUCAUAGUCUACUCUUUUCAACAUCAUAUCAGCCUUAAAACUUUUCCUGUUAAUUAAGUGAUCACUUUCCAUCUGUAAUAAUGAAUAUUGCUAGGUUGAAUAUAUUAGGGACGUUGCGCCCUACUUUAUCAAGACUUCCUGGUUCAUACUACUCUUUUGGACGGCACUUUACAUCUACAAGUGAUGGGAACUACGUUACCUGUGAUGUUAGAAAUGGUGUUGCUGUUGUUAAAUUUAGUGACCCAAAAGAAAAAGUCAAUAGCCUUUCAGAAGGUCUAACCAGUGAAAUGAAAGUUCAUCUAGAUCGACUUCUGACCGAUUCAAGUAUUAUAGCGGGUGUCUUAAUCUCUGGUAAACCCUCAAAUUUCAUUGUUGGAGCUGAUAUUGGCAUGCUAGAAAAAUGUAAAUCAGCUGGUGAAGCCGAGACCCUUGCCCGAGGUGGCCAAGAAAUGCUUUUACGACUCAGAUCAAGCUCUAAACCCAUCGUCGCUGCUAUAAUGGGCCAAUGUCUUGGUGGUGGUUUAGAAGUAGCAAUGAACUGUCACUACCGAAUUGCAGUUAAAGAUAAAAAGACUGUAUUAGGCCUUCCUGAAGUUAUGUUGGGCUUAUUACCAGGAGCAACUGGAACUCAGCGUCUCCCUGCUUUGAUAAGCCUUCCAGAGGCCUUAACAAUGAUGUUAACAGGAAAGCAAGUGCGUGCUGAUAAAGCAAAGAAAUUGGGUUUAGUCGAUCUUACUGUAAAUCCAUUAGGUCCUGGUAUAAAAUCUCCUGAAAGUCUAACUUUAGAAUACUUAGAAGAAGUUGCUGUUCAAAUCGCUGAACAGUUAGCUAAAGGAAAAUUAACUACCAAUCGUACAAGACCUUUACCGGAGAGAAUUCAAGCUCUACUUUUCAAAAAUCAAUGGGUUCGUGAUAAUCUUGUUUUUGCAAAAGCUAAGCAAGGAGUGAUGAAGCAAACACAAGGACUUUACCCAGCUCCCCUUAAGAUACUUGAUGUUGUAAAAACUGGAUUAGAAAGAGGUGAACAAGCUGGACUUGAAGCUGAAAGACGAGGUUUCGGUGAACUAUCUCAAACCCCACACUCAAAAUCUUUAAUUGGUCUUUUUAGAGGUCAAACUCUCUGUAAAAAAAAUAGAUUUGGUAAACCAGCUAGAGAACCUAAAACAAUAAGCGUACUCGGUGCAGGUUUAAUGGGUGCAGGAAUUGCUGCUGUAUCAUUAGAUAAGGGAUAUGAUGUUGUAUUAAAAGAUAUGAAUGCCAACGGAUUAACCAGAGGUGAUCAACAAAUUCAAAAAAUUUAUGGUGGCUAUCUUAAAAAGAAAAAGAUCACUCAAUCUGAAAAGGACGUUUAUCUUUCACGACUAAACCCAACAUUGAACUAUGCUGACAUAGCCAAUUCAGAUAUUGUCAUUGAAGCUGUAUUUGAGGAUAUAAAAGUAAAACACGCCGUCGUCAAGGAAGUCGAGAAGUAUGUUCGACCUGAUUGUAUAUUUGCAUCUAAUACAUCAGCGUUACCAAUUGCACAAAUCGCCGAAGCUUCUCAACGACCAGAAAACGUUGUAGGAAUGCAUUAUUUUUCACCAGUUGAUAAAAUGCAACUUUUAGAGAUUAUUACCACAGACAAGACAAGCAAAGAAGCUGCUUCUCAAGCUGUUCAAGUCGGUUUAAAACAAGGAAAAGUCGUCAUUGUUGUAAAAGAUGGUCCAGGAUUUUAUACAACACGAAUUCUCUCCUUCACCAUGUCUGAGGCUUUCCGACUUCUUCAAGAAGGUGUUGAGCCAACUAAACUCGACAAAUUAUCUAAAGCCUAUGGAUGGCCUGUCGGAACUGCUACUCUUCUAGAUGAAGUGGGUAUGGAUGUUGGUGCACAUAUUGGCGUUUACUUGGAAGGUAUUUUCAAAGAACGAAUCGCUGGUGGAACUCGUGAAUUGGGAGAUGCUAUUAUGGCCUCAGGCUUCUACGGUCGCAAAGCUGGUAAAGGAUGGUACAUCUAUGACAAUUCUGCUAAAAAAGGUUCACCUAGACAAAUGAAUCCUGAAGCCUUGGCGAUUCUCAAGCGUCAUUCACUCACGCCAAAAUUAGAAAAUACCGAUGAACAAAUUCAAAUGAGACUAAUUGUUCGUAUGGUAAACGAAGCCAUUCUGUGUUUACAAGAAGGUGUUCUUCAUAAUCCUUUGGAAGGUGACGUCGGUGCCGUAUUUGGACUUGGAUUCCCUCCUUUCCAUGGUGGACCAUUCCGUUUCGUUGAUCAUUAUGGAGCUGGACGACUUGUAUCAUUGAUGGAAACAUUCCAGAAUGCUUAUGGUCCUGAAUUUGCUCCUUGUCAAUUGUUACUUGAUCACGCUAAAGACCCAACUCUUCGAUUCCAUAAAUAAUAAAUUGUUUCACACUUUUUUCUACAAUUAAAUGAAUAUCAUGAAGGUAUUUUUAUUAUCUGUAAAAAUUAUUUACAACAAUUAAACAUUUAGUAUUUAAUUUA